AUGUGUGUGCCAAGUGUGAGUAAUGUGUUGAGAUCAGCGUCAACACCUGUGCGGAGUUUUGAUGGUGCGAAUUUUAUUGAGGACUGGAAGCCAAGGAAACACUUGAGUCCAAAUGGAAAAGCAGUGUUUAUUACAGGUUGUGAUACUGGAUUUGGGAACGCACUAGCUCGUAGAUUAGACAGAUUGGGGUUGCAUGUAUUUGCUGGAUGUUUGUUUCCAAAGGGGAAGAAUCUCAUUUUUGUUUCAUGUAACGAAGUCUUGUGGACCAUUGUUAACAAUGCGGGCAUCAGUGCUGGUGGAGAAGUGAUUUGGACCAGUAUGAAUACUGUAAAAAAGAUAUUUGAUGUGAAUACUUUUGGUGUCGUCCGCGUGACAAAGGCUUUUCUACCGAUGUUGUGCAAAUCUCAAGGAAGAGUGAUAACAACCACAAGCUUCGUUGCUAAGUGUUCUACUCCUGGCCUUGUCGCUUAUAGUUCAAGUAAGCAAGCAGCUCAGAGCUUUUGUGAUGGUCUAAGGUUAGAAAUGUAUCGGUUUGGGGUAAAAGUGAUCACCAUUGAGCCAUCGGCACAUAAGACUAAUUUUGUGAAUAAAGAAAUGAUUUUUGAUUACUUAAAUAAAGAAUGGGAAGAAACUGCUCUUGAAGUGAAAGAAGUCGUGCCUGAUGACACUUUGGAGUUUGAAAAGCGUGUUGUAAUGAAUAUUACAAAAUUUUCCACAACAUAUGACCUGAAAAGGAGCAUCGAUCAGUUUGAAGAAACAGUAAUAGCAGUGAAUCCGAAAUACUCUUAUAAUCCUGGAACUCUGCAUUCUCGUAUUGCUUUAUGGUUCUUGAAUAUAAUUCCUAAGCCAUUUGCCGAACUUUUCCUCGCAAUAGUAUUAAUGAGAUGAACUCUAUAUGUGUUGGUACUUUCUAAAAAUGGAUUACAUUAUGUUAUUAUUCUAACAGUGGAUUAUAUGAUGUAUAGGGUGCGGCAGCGUUCAUAGUAGGAUAUUAAAAGCACACCAUAAGCCAGUAACUGUAAUUUAUUUAUUACCUCUUUAAGUCAAUUAAUAGUUAAAGGUAUGCCAUUUACUAAUGUGUAAGUCAUUGUCCAUUCGUGGAUUACUUUUUGAAUAUGAUGCCCCCUCUGCACAACACAUUCAUCAUUGGAAACUUGCCAUAACUAAUUCGGCGUAACGUAUUCCCUGGGACAUAGCCGACGGCCGUUCGGAUGCGAUCCUUCAAGUCAGGAAUGGUAGCACAACGUGUUCGGAAAACUUCUUGCUUCAGGUGCCCCCAAAGUCAGCAGAGAUCAGGUGAGCGAGGCGGCUAGGAAAUGUCACCAAAACAGGAAAUUACUCUACCUGGAAAUGUCUGUCGCAAUGGUCCGCCCAUCUGUAACAUUCCCAUAACGUCCCAAGUUGAAAUGUUGCCGAAAUAGACGCUGGGUAGCAAUAACUAAGCAGUUAUUUUUUAAAUAACUUUCAACAGCAAAGGCACGAUGCUGUGCACUCCAACCAUCCAUAUCACUAUCACACUCGAAAUGGCAGCUCAUUAGUAAACGAAUGCGGCAUGAGCUGGCGCGCAUUCAUGCAGUACGUCGUUGUGUCAAAUUACGCUAUGAUCGCUGCGGCACCCUAUAUAAUAACGGAAUAAUUAUGCAUAAUAAUGAAUUACAUUAUGUUGUAAUAAUGGAUUAUAUUACGUACUAAUGUGUUAGUACUUUCUAAUAAUGGAUUACAUAGCAUUUGUUAGCUCAUGUUCUUAUAAGAUGUACGCGAAA